UCCAUUUAACAUUCAUAAGAAAAGUUUAAAUGUGUGUAUUUACAAUGAGGACAAACGACAGGCAGUUUAACAUGAAUGAAACUUCUAGGGUCCUUUACUGGCAGUAACAGCUGGUUUCAAAAUGAAGACCUCCUCCGUCAUAAUUCAAUCACUUUACCUUUCCAUUUCAUAAAGACAGGUCAAACAGACAUUGCCGCCCUUUCUGAUUAUAACCUGGUGGAGAACAGGUGGUUCACUUUACAUGAAGAGGAAGUUGUAACUUUGUAAAUUUCCUUCUACAUUUCGAGAUGACUAUAUGAAUAGGUGACACUCAACUCCACUUCGGUGUCGGAAACCUUUUAUUAUAUCAUAAUUAAAAUGGUUACUAUCAGUAUAACCAUACAGUCAUUUUCCCUCUCGCCAAAGACAGGUUCCUCAUUUGGUUCUGGACUGCAAGAAGCAGGUUUUGAUUGCUGCAAACAAAGGCCGGCCAAGCUGAAAGUGAUCAUGGAUCUCCAUAACACUACGUACAUAUCUAUCCCAGCCAACUGCACGGUGGACAUCAGCUACCGCUUCACCUACUACAAGAUCUCCUACAGCAUGAUCUUCAUAUUCGGCGUCGUCGGCAAUGCCACAGCACUGCGGCGUUUCUGCAGGAUGCCUCAAAUGUUCACAAGCACGGCUGUCUACAUGGCCAACCUGGCCGUAGCAGAUAUCUUCUUCAUGAUCUCUCUCCCCCUGCGAAUCUAUUAUUAUCACAACAAAGCCGCUACUACCUCGAACCACACCAACGACUGGUCUCCAGGAGGUGCUUUCUGUCAGCUGACCUUCACGUUAAAGUAUAUCAGCCUAUAUGGAGGAAUCUUCUUCCUGGUGUGUAUUGGAGUAGACCGCUACUUUGCCGUGGUUCACCCUCUACAUCAGCACCUGAGGAAGGUUCGUACCGCUCGUAUGCUAAGCGUUGGGAUCUGGUGCCUGGUCCUGGCCCUCAGCCUCACUCUGCCUUUUCUGUAUUCGGCAGCAUCCCGAUGGAACAAGUCGUGCCUCUUGGAUCCUUCUUCCAAACGCCACCGUACUAUAAUCCUAGCAGCUCUCGGCUUGGUGCAAAUGGCCUAUCUGUUGCCCGCACUGCUCCUGCUAUUCAGCUACUGCAGCAUACUCCGUGUGCUCUGUAGACUGCCACACCGCAGGAAGAUCUGGCACCGACGCACACUCACCGUCAUCUACUGGGUCCUGGUGGUCUUUUUUGUCUCCUUUACCCCUUAUCACCUCAAUCUACUAGGUUACACUCUCACACAGGUGGGCCUCGUGCACAGCUGCGGUCUGGCUCAAGUCACAAAAGUGCUCCAUCCUGUCGUGCUCUCACUGGCCAGCGCCAACUGCUGUCUAAACCCCCUCAUUUACUAUUUUUCCAGCAGCCUGGUUCACAAAGAGCCGACCGGCAGUAGAGGAAGUGCUAGUCAAUGAGGUGUUUGCUCAGCAACAUCACAGAUCCUAAACUAGAAACUGAUGUUAUGGACCAUGAAAAGUUUGAAACGACAUUUAAAGGGCUACUAAGGAGAGUAGCUAAACACGUAUCAGUGACUGAAUGAAGGAAACAAUCCACAUAAAUGGUGGCAGAA